CGAGCGGCGUUGAGCAGAUAUCGGUAGUCGUGAGACGAGUCGGUCGGUUGACGGAUCGUGUCUCUUGUGUUGAUAGUGCGAACGGUUUGCUCGUCCCCCUUUCCUUCUGUGUUCAAAAAUGAGCUGGCAGGAUUACGUUGAUAAGCAAUUGCUUGCAUCGAGGUGCGUUACCAAAGCUGCUAUUGCCGGACAUGAUGGCAACCUGUGGGCAAAGUCCGAAGGCUUCGAAGUGAGCAAAGAGGAGCUCGCGAAAUUGGUGCAGGGUUUCGCGGAACAAGAUAUCCUAACGUCAUCAGGGGUUACCUUAGCUGGCAACAGGUACAUAUAUCUAUCGGGUACGGAUCGUGUGAUAAGGGCAAAACUCGGAAAAGUUGGCGUCCACUGCAUGAAGACGACGCAAGCCGUAGUCGUCUCCCUCUAUGAGGACCCCAUACAGCCACAGCAAGCCGCGUCUGUCGUUGAAAAACUCGGCGACUACCUCGUGUCCUGCGGCUAUUAGUAACCUCUGGGACCCAACACAAAAUAUCUAAUUAUUAAUAACAAACGAAUACAGUCGAUUAUUUUAAAUGAACAGCGAAUGGAAUGCGCCAUGCCGCACGAGCCGCGCCGCAACUGCCGCAAGCCUGCCGCACGAUGCACGACGACGAAGAAGCAGCAACAACAACAACAACAUCAACAACUUCACAACUACUACACAACAACAAUUUCAACAACAACUAUUACUACCAUACUGCAGUCAUCGUUUUCUCCAUUUCGACUUGACUUGACAUCGAGAAAUGAAGGCGCGCGCGUCCAUUUAACCGACCUACGCCACUAAAUACAUGACUUCCCCCCCCCCUUUAAGACGGUAUGCGUACUCGCAAGCAUCAUUGAAGAUACACAAUUGCAUAUGCGAAUGACACACACACACAGUAAUAAUAUACACACGUCGUAAUCAUGGUUUAAGACAGAUGGACUGGACCAGACCAACGGACAGAUUAGACGAAUCAUCAAUUGACGGGACAAAAUGGAACGACGAAAUAAGACGAACUAUGACGAACUGUGACGAACUGUGACAAACUGUGACGAACUGUGACAAACUGUGACGAAUAGAUAGAUUUAUAGAUAGAUUAGUUAUAAACACAGAAAAAACUUUCCUUUAUUAAAUACGUACAAGACACACACGUACGAUUGAUUAUCAUACAUCAUUACGAAAAAUAAUAUGCAAUAUAAUAUCAUUAUACAUAUAAUUAAUAAUCAUCCUUCCCACACACAUACACACACACCACACAAUUUGGUCGACGAUUGGAAUGCUCAUGGAUAAAAAAAAAAACAGAAGUUUUAAAAAAAAAAUAAUACACGUGCCAAUACUCGAUAGAGCGUGUUGUUUACGGUAAAUAAAAAAAAAAUAAUUUUAUAGAUAUGCACACGAAUCCAUUAUAAUAUCGAUAGUCUUUUAUUCAACACAUACACACACGCACAUUCUUAUUUACAUUCGUACGAAAGGGAGAGGAAGAGAUAAGAGAUACACUUUUGAAUGAUACAAGGGGGUGUGUGUGAGAGAGAGAAAAAGAGAGAGAAAGCACGCGCGUAUAUACGUUUAAGAGAAUAAAGAUUAUAUAAAAGUGAUGAUAUAUAUAAGCUCGAUAUGUGUAUACAUUGCGCAUGCGCGCGCGAGAUAUUUGAAAAUGCAGCCAGACCACGGAAUAUAGGGAAAUUUCGGAAUAGGGGGAAAAAAGUGCAUUGAAUAAUAAUUUUCGUUUAACAUACGAAACAACGGGGGACUUCGAUUAUAGUCGUACUCAACACAUAAAACAGCGCUUCUAUCCUAUGAAAUAUUAUUACAUGUCGUCGGGCUCGUGAUCGAAAAGAACGCUCUUAAUGGUAAUGAUGGUAAUGAUAUAAUGAUUAUGACGACGGCAAUGUGGUGUAAUGGUGGUCGCAAUUGUGGCGGUUUGGUGGUGGUGGUGGUGGUGGUGGUGGUAUAACGUGUGAUCAAUCAAAUUGUGUACGUGCGUGCGUGCGUGUAUGUGUGUGUAUGUGCGUGUAAGGCACGAGCGCAUCAUCCGCAAAUAUUCCAGUCAUUUCAAGAUUUUAUAUUUUUCCUUAUUUUUGUUCCUAUAUAAAAAGAAAGAAAAAAAAUCAUUUUUCCGGAAUAUAUCUUUGGAAAGUAUAUUUUUAUUUGUCGUUUCGGGUGGAAAAUCUCGUGUUUUUUCGGAAAUGUCGACGAUAAUCGAUUUGUUUCUGUAAAAUAUAAUAGAGAAGGAGAAGAAGGGAGGAA